AAGAUGGCGGAGCACAGCGGACGGAGGAGUCGAGAUUUCCCGGAGACAAAUCAUAAAAGUGAUUCAUAUGGCGAAGAUAUGACCGGGGUGGAGGAAGUGCCAUUGUUUCAUCCUGUUCAGGAUUCUAGCACAUGGGAAGAAUUGAGCCCGGAAUCAAAUGGGGAGGCUCAGUGUGCCGAGGAAGAAGAGCCAGUUCCUCAGGGUGCUCGACCUAUACAGAUUGUAGUCGCCAGUGAGGACGACCAUAAAUUUGAAUUAGAUGCUGUAGCGCUGGAGAAGAUCCUAAUGCAAGAACAUGUCAAGGAUCUUGAUGUCGUCGUGCUCUCUGUGGCCGGUUCUUUUCGCAAGGGCAAAUCCUUCCUUCUGGACUUCAUGUUGCGCUACAUGCACAAUCAGUCAUGUGAGUCAUGGAUGGGAGGAGAUGAUGAGCCAUUAAAAGGUUUCACUUGGAGAGGAGGUUGUGAGAGAGAGACAACAGGAAUACAGGCCUGGAACGAAGUGUUUGUGGUGGAAAAACCUGACGGCAAUAAGGUGGCUGUCCUGUUAGUUGACACUCAGGGUGCCUUUGACAGUCAGUCAACUAUUAAAGACUGUGCUACAGUCUUUGCCCUUAGCACUAUGACCAGCUCCAUGCAGAUAUACAAUCUUUCACAGAAUAUUCAGGAAGAUGAUCUGCAGCACCUCCAGCUUUUUACAGAAUAUGGUCGCCUAGCAAUGGAAGAAGUCUAUGAAAAACCUUUUCAGAAACUAAUGUUUUUGAUCAGGGAUUGGUGUUACCCUUAUGAGCACAAGUAUGGUCUUGAAGGUGGAAAUUACUUCUUGAAACGAAGACUUCAGUUAAAGCAAAACCAGCACGAAGAGCUACAGAAUGUGAGGAAACACAUCCAUUCUUGUUUUUCAAGCAUUGAUUGCUUUCUGCUGCCCCAUCCAGGCCUGAAGGUUGCAACUAACCCCUGCUUUGAUGGCCGACUAAGAGAUAUUGACAGUGAUUUUAAGAAGGAGCUACAGAAGCUGGUGCCUCUGCUGUUGGCUCCUGAGAACCUGGUGGAAAAAGAGAUUAAUGGAGCCAAGGUCACAUGCAGAGAUCUACUGGAGUAUUUCAAGGCUUAUAUUAAAAUUUACCAAGGAGAAGAGCUUCCGCAUCCCAAGUCAAUGUUGCAGGCAACCGCUGAAGCAAACAACCUGACAGCUGUGGCCGGGGCAAAAGACACUUAUGGUCGGACUAUGGAGCAGAUAUGUGGUGGAGACAAACCUUACAUUGCACCAGUCGACCUCCAGCGCUAUCAUGAUGAACUCAAGCAGGUCUCUGUUAAGCAGUUCUGUGCUGUUAAGAAAAUGGGAGGAGUCGAAUAUAGCAAGCGGUACCAGGAGCAGCUGGAGACCGAGCUUGAUGACGUUUAUAAAAACUUUGGCAAACACAACGAAAGCAAGAACAUUUUCUAUGCAGCCAGGACUCCUGCCGCGCUGUUCGCCGUCAUGUUCGCCACCUAUGUCGUCUCCACAGUAACCGGCUUUAUUGGCUUAUCAACAAUCGCAGCUCUGGCCAGCCUUGUGAUGGGAGUGACAUUAUUGAUGCUGUGCACGUGGGCGUACGCCAGAUACUCAGGAGAAUACCGAGAUGUGGGUGUGGCUAUAGACCUUAUAGCAGAAGCCUUGUGGGAACAGGUGCUGAAGCCAAUGACCGAGCAAUACAUGGAUACAAACGUCCACCAGACUGUAGUUAACUCUAUGAGAGCCAGUCUUACUGAACAAGUGACACAAACUGCCAAGUUAAAGACACACUAAUGGUUAGCUUCACCCCAGGUUCUGCUUGUUCAGUGUGUACAGAAUUUUGUCAUAGUUUUGUGUGGACUUUAGACCGAAAAAUUGACACCAAAGUUUACAGCUCAGCCGAUGUACAUCUUGCAUCUUCAGUAAACGACUGAAGCUUAGUGCAUGCAUAUGUGUGUGAUUAUUUUUUUUAGAUUUAAAUGUAGGUUUGCCAUGCACAUUUGCAUUUGACAAGAAGUUAUUCAGCAACAUUGUGGCAUUUAUUCUUCUACCUAUUUAAAUCAUAUUUUUAACAUUUAUGUCAGACUCAGUUACACCGUUUCAUAGUAAAUGGUUUUUUUGUUUUAAUGCUGUAGAGUUUAUGAACGCUAAUGCUGGAUCUUUUUAAGCAUUAACUGACAUUCAUAUGAUGUUGAUAAAUGCACUUAGGCUAAGCAGAUUAUAAAGCCAUUCAAAACUGCCCUACUCUAGUCGCCCUCUUGUAUUAUUUGAAGCAUGUUCUUGAAUGUAUAAAUAUAAUUGUAUAUUCUAUUUGUAGAUAAUGGCUAGGUGGGCUAGUUCUGACUUAAAUAGGUAAUUCAGGGUGUACUGUGUGCAGUUCACAUGCUGUUUCUGGAUAAAGCUUGCCUGAACACAUCAUUCACAAUCCUAUGGAGUAUACGUGGAAUAAUUGACUUGUCCUUUAAUUUAUUUUAUAAAUGAUUAAACUAUUUAAAUUAC